AUGUCGGAACAAGAGACUCAGAGGCCCGGUAUGGGCGAGCAGGAGCCUCUGCUUGGAAGACCUGGUGAUGCGUCGCAGCAAGACGGUCUUCCGCUAUACCACAAUCUAAUCAUCGGUACUGGAGCUGUCGCACAGGCUGGAUCCUGGAUCCUCGUUGCUAUUGUCUGGGGCGCAGUAUUCUCCAACCCUGUGAUUCUGUUCUCGGCGCAUCCUUUGCUUAACUCAGCAGCAAUCCUGCUCUUUACCCAGGGCGUCCUUAUCCUACAACCCACGCACACACCGAAGCAAAAGAAGCACGGCACCUGGGCCCACGCCGGACUCAACGACCUCGCUCUCUCGUGCGGCAUCGCGGGCCUCGUCGUGAUCGAGUACAACAAGAUUGCCCACAAUGGCACACACUUCGUGUCACCCCACGCUAUUCUGGGUUUGAUCACAUACAUCCUUAUCCUCAUUCAAGGACUUGUUGGAUUCACGCAAUACUUUGUGCCGCAGAUCUACGGCGGCGAGGAGAACGCAAAGAAGCUGUACAAGUACCACCGUGUCAGCGGAUACUUCAUCUUCUUGAUGCUGCUUGCGACAGUGGCAGCCGCUACGCAGACGGACUACAACAAGAAGGUUCUUGAAAUCAAGCUGUGGGCCGUGCUCGUCGCGGCUGCCAUCACGUUGAUUGGAGUCUUGCCCAGGGUCAAGUUGCAGAAGUUCGGCUGGUUGGCCGGGCAGUAA